CUCAAAUAUUGAUUGUGCGCGGUAACUGCAUUGAGCGAGUGUAAUCAAAUCAUCCUCACGAAUAUUGGAAGGUGUACAAAUAACAAGCGCUCGUUUGCGUUUUAGUCCAAAGGUAUGAAAGGAAAACCGUGUAGACCUAAUUUCCUCGUGCAUUCGCUUUUAACGUGAAGACACCCAUGGAUACAGGUGACAACAGACGUAGACGGGCGAGGAGUGUGAGAGCCAAAAGAACUGGGACGCAAGAUGCGUCUGUGAAAAGGGAAAAUGCAAACGUCCUAAGAUCUUUGAGUGUUGGGAACACAGACGACAAUGAUGCCAUGGAGGAUGACGCUGGCUUUGUCAAAAAUUGGAGUUUGGAGCGAAGGGUCAUGGCUCCACGGUACAGUUUACUCCGUGAGGUCGGAAGGGGCAGCUAUGGCGUGGUCUAUGAAGCGAUUGCACGGAGGUCGGGUGCAAGCGUUGCAGUAAAGAAACUUCGAUGCGAUGCACCAGAAAAUGUCGAGCUUGCCUUGGCAGAAUUCUGGGCCCUUGCUAGCCUGGAUAAACGACACGAGAAUGUGGUGCAAUUGGAAGAAUGUGUGUUACAAAGAAACGGUGUGGCUCAAAAAAUGAGUCAUGGGAACAAGCGGUCCAAGCAGUACUUGCGGUUGGUGGAGACUUCAUUAAAAGGUAUCCAGCCUAUGAUGAUUGUGUGGAAAUCACAGUUCUAUAUAAAUCAAUUCACGUUACGUCAUAAUUUCUCUGUAUGACCGCAGCUGUCCGAUGGUAUAUGGUGGGGAUUUUGUAUCCAUUCCAUUGUCUAUCUAGUUCAACGAAAGUGUGAAAUGAAACCAAUGCGUUGAAGCAAUGUAUUUUAUUUUCAAUGAUGACGUAACCUAAUUAGAUGUAUUAUAGUGGCCUCGUUUUGUCAAGCCAUUGAUUAUGAUUAUCAUAUCCACUAGAUUGGGAUUUUAAUGUUCUAGUAGUAUGAACACCUUACAUUUUGACGCUCACGGGUUAUUUUCUUUAUCUUGGCCAGGUCGCAGUUGUAAAUGAGAACUUGUUCUCAACUGGCUUACCUGGUUAAAUAAAUAAAAAUAAACAAUUUUAAAGAUCAGUUGAGGCGGUAACGUUAUAGCCUAGGUUAGGUUGAAAUGAAAUGCUUGGAAACGAUGUUGCAAUUGCUGCUUCAUUGACAAUUGUAUCCGUUAUUGUCCGGCCUUGGCAGCUGGUUUUUGUUUACGUGAAUUCUUCAAUCUGAAUGCUUUUUAGCAAAGCAAUUUGGGAUACGUUAGUUGCUGUCACGUACCAGCUCUCAUUGGGGGUCUUUGUGAGUGUCGUCAUCUUGGCUCACUAAAUGGAAGCCUCUGUAAUGGCUGUGUCGCGGUCUUGUCACAAUGCUGGCCCUCUCUGUUAUGCAAGUGCUAUUAGCCAGGCCAUACCACACUCUGCAAGCCAUAGGGUUCACCCUGAGAGAUUUGUUUUCAGUACAGUACAGAAUGUCAGUUUGCUUUUCCUUUUCACGCAUUAAGUUUACUUGCGUACAGUUUUAUAUCACUUUUCAUUUGGUAACUGAAUCAGUAUUCAAACUACUUAUUCAAGUGGGAUAAUGUAUCCACAGAGGACCGAUAAUGACUGAGGUUCUCAUUCUUCGGACGUAGAUCAAUCAUUUUCUCCUGGUUUCAGGUACCAGUAAUCGCGAUACUCAUAAGUAUUGUGGCAAGGAAACAAAACAUGAAGUGGUUUUAACUUCUUUAGGAAAACCGCACUAAUGUUGGAAACAAACAUAAUUAUGUUGUCAUCCAGUCACAUGUAUUUAUUUUCCAAGCUAUGGCACGCAAUAUUUAACAUGUAGCAGGUUUUUAAAGGACUAAAGAAUUUGGUCUGCUUCUGUUUUCAUUUUUUGCCAUGGAUAAAAUAUCCAAAUAAGGCUAUUGUCACACCCCUAGUUUCUGGUAGGCAUAAUUGCUGUAUUUUAUAGUAGGUCAAGGUCUUUACCAAGCCCCUACCACUCUUUUCACUCACACGUUCAACUACCUUGUCAUUUGAAAUAGUUUAUCUUGUUUGUAUUCAAAUUAGUACCUGUGAUAUGAUCACAGUUUGCCUGAUUUGAUUGCCUCGGUAACGUUGAAUUUAAUCCUUUCAUCCAGCCCUUUUGUCCUUAAAUGGGUUAUCCAUUUGAUAAACAUUCCUACCUAUUUCUUGAGGUCAUGCUUAGUCACAAAGCUUUGGAUAAAGUUGCUCAAUGUAUCAUCAUAAUGUUAUUCAAGUAACGGGUCGUGAAGAAAGCAAUUGCAGAUACCACCGUUAUCACCAGUCUAUAAUAUCAGCCUAGGUUAAUAUGUAUUAAUGUAGGCCUAGGUAAUAUUAGGUAAAUAAGAAGACGUUUGUGUAGCACCAUAGUCAUCUGUUCCUCUUGCCCGGUUAGCAGGUGUUGUGUUGAUAGUAUACAAACGAGAACGUUCAAGCUGUUCCAAACUGGUUUUUCAACAGCCUAGUCCACUUGCAAUUCCGAUAGUUGCAGCUUGUAGCAACCUUUUUCCUGGAACACACAAAUGAUAGAUAAUGGGAGUAGGAUUAACUGAGGUUAUAGACUGAAAUGUCCUAUAUGGCUUCCUUGGCAAUACUACAGCAGAAGAGAUGGAUUUUGUAAUUAAAGCAUUUUAUGUGUCAAUUUUGUAAUAUGUUCAUGUCAUUUCCAGUUUGCAUAUUAAACUGCGAUCAGAAAAGGAAACAUCUUCAUUACUUAGUCAUGAUACUCUUUUGUCGAGCUAAUCAUUCAUCAGUUUAUCGUUCCCUUUAUUUUUCACAGUAUUGGCUCAUUUGUAUCCGUGGUUCUGUAAGGUAGAGGUUCAUUUUACUGUUUAGUACUGCUGCACCUUUUUUUGACUCGUGUCCAUCCAUUGCAGGUGAGAGAGUGCUGAGCCACCCAGAGGAGCCCUGCUACCUGUGGUUCGUCAUGGAGUUCUGUGAAGGUGGAGACCUGAACCAGUUCAUCCUGUCGCGACGACCUGACCCGCGGACCAACAACAGUUUCAUGCUCCAGCUCACCAGCGCUGUGGCCUUCCUGCAUGAAAACAACAUUGUCCACCGCGACCUCAAGCCUGACAACAUCCUCAUCUCCGAAAAGUCGGGGACGCCAGUUCUCAAAGUCGCCGACUUCGGCCUCAGCAAGGUGUGUGCCGGACUAGGAGGCACCGGGAAGGACGAAGAGGACAAGAACAGAAACGUUGUCAACGUCAACAAGUUCUGGCUGUCGUCAGCGUGUGGCUCUGACUUCUACAUGGCACCCGAGGUCUGGGAGGGCCACUACACUGCCAAGGCGGACAUCUUCGCCCUAGGCAUCAUCAUCUGGGCAAUGCUGGAGCGAAUCACCUUUAUCGACGCUGAGUCCAAGCGCGAGCUGCUGGGAACCUACGUGAGGCAGGGCGCCGACAUCGUGCCGGUUGGCGAGGCGCUGCUAGAGAACCCAAAGAUGGUACUGAACAUCCCGCAGAAGCGCAAGUCCUCCAUGUCGGACGGGGUGAAGAAACUUUUGCAGGACAUGCUGGCGGUCAACCCUCAGGACCGGCCCGAUGCGCUUGAACUACACAACAGGAUGGACCAGCUCACGUGUGCCGCAUGA